UGGCACUGUGGGAGGUGCUGGGCAUGUCCGGGGCACUGGUGGUGACCAUCGUGGCAUCAGUGGCCUUCCUGUGUUGUGCCUGUGGUGUGGCUGUGGUGGUGUGUGUGUAUAGGAGGAACCGUGCUCUACACCGUCCCCCACCACCACAGACUCAACCAACUUACCCAAUGGAAGCCGGUGGACGCUAUGGUACUAAUGGCACCUUUGGCACCUUACUAGUGGAGAAGCCUCCACCGUACCCAGGAGUACCCCAGCAUACCUCUGUUAUACCUCCAGACAGUAGGAGUCCGGGAAACCUGGCUCGCCCUGUGUUAGGGGUGGAGGGGCGUACGUUGCAGCAGCUCAUCGUUCUCUACUGCCUGUCUCAGUGAGAGUCUCUGGCUCCGAGAGUGAUGUCUCCUCCACACAGAAGGAAGAGUGGUUUGUAUAGGUGAGUUACCCCUCUGUCAGAGUGGUUUGUAUAGGUGAGUUACCCCUCUGUCAGAGUGGUUUGUAUAGGUGAGUUACCCCUCUGUCAGAGUGGUUUGUAUAGGUGAGUUACCCCUCUGUCAGAGUGGUUUGUAUAGGUGAGU